AUGUCCGAAAGAAAGACUCGAAAUGCUUGGGAUGUUUACAUGAAGAUGGUAGCGUCAUCACAACUUCCGGUCAGACAGGUGUUUCUGUCGGUGAAACAUCCUGGGGGAGAAGAGGUUCUGCUGGAACAAGCUAUUGCAGGUGCAAGUGAAAGCUUUGAAGAUGUAGGCCACUCCCCUGAUGCCAGAGAAAUGCUAAAGCAGUACUAUAUUGGUGGUGUGCAUCCAAACGACCUUAAACCUGAAGGUAAUAGCAGGGACCCUUCCAAAGAUGCCACAUGCAAAUGUUGCUGGUCACACCAGAUUUUGCCCAUCAUAGGCACUAUUGUCUUAGAUUUCCUGUAUUGUUACUACACGUCAGAAAGCAAAUCCUCCUGA